AUGCCCCAUUCGAAACUACAGCUUCGAGUACUCACUACCUACAAGAACAUCCUUCGUCAACUUCAGAAGCGCACCGAAUCUGAGGCUUCAUUGCGAACAGCUCGUGAAGCUUUCAAACAAAACGCCAAAGCAAUUGAAAAGUCGAAUUUUGUGUUAGUGGAGCACAACUUGAGGCUAGCCGAACGUCGGUUAGAGAGUUUGAAAAAGGGUGGAAUCGAAAAGAUAUCUACUUUUACAGUGAAACGACCAAGUUGAUCGAAUUCGGCGAGUUUUUUAGUGUUUUGGCGUGUACUUGUGUUAAUGUUUUUUGCCGUUCGUUGUUUUGACCUUGUAUAUUUGAACGUGUAUUUUUAGCUUAUGUACUGUUAGAACGUAUGAUAAGUUAAAGUGUUCUAAACUUUAUUCUAUUUUAGCAAUGAGCGUAGACAAACUCGGUGGAGCUUUUUCGUUUAAGAACGAGACUCAAUCGUCCGUUGAACUUCGACUUUACUUCAAAGAGAAAGGCCUAAAGAUUGACCCGAAUGGAUCACAGAACCUAUUUGAAAAUGUUAAGGAACUUCUGGGAUUUGCACCUCAAAUCGCAGCAUCUGUGGACUCUAAAGAGUUGGAAUGUGUGUUGAAUGCUAUUUUCAACUUGAGCGUAGCUUUUGAGCCUGCAAAGACUGAAGAAUUUAUUGGAGAUUUAAUCAAAACUUUGAAUGGCAAAGAGUUCUCUGGAAUUGGAUGGAAUUCACAGGUAUGUCUUUAGUUUUUUUGUUUUGUUUUUAGGUUUUUGCGUCUAAAGGAUGGUUAAUAUCUAUUGUUUUAAAAAACGUCUGAAACUUGUGGUUUUUUUUAAUUUUAUGAAGUUCAUACCUAAAAAAGACUAUUUUAUUAAUAAUAGUCUUUAAAUUUGAACAACUCACUUUUUAUUUGAAUUUUGUUACCUAAAAACUCAAAUGCUUGCUCUUCUUACUCAAUCUUUUUUUCAGGCUGGUGUAGCUGUUAGAAUUCUUUCAAACGUCUUCCACAUGUACACGGACAGGCCGAAGCUUCAGUUGAGCGUCUUCAAGGCUCUUGUAAAGAUUGCUGGCCAAGCUAGAAUAACCAAGUUCACUGACACAUCUAUCGAUCAAGUGGAAAACUACGUUAAAGCUUUGGGAUUGGAUGUUGAAGGCAAAAGGGAUCUGUUGAGAGUAUUGCACAAGGCAUUGUUGGCUGAUGCUCGUCAUGAUGCUGCAGCUGAGGUAAGGAUUUUAAUCUUUGUUUUUAUUUUAGGUAUGAAAAUUAGAUGGUCUUCGUUAAUUUGUAAACAAUAUUUUAAAUUUUAGGUAAUGUGCACUCUUCUUCGUACCUACAGUGAAGUAGACGCCAACUCAGCCAAAGACGAUGCUGAAGAAUGUGUCCGAACAGCGAUUAUCGACCCAAAAUCCUUCACUUUAGACCAUCUUCUUCGCCUAUCUGCUGUUCAAUAUCUCAAGACGGUUGAUCCGAAAAUGUAUGAAAUCUUACAACUUUUCUCUACCGGAACAUGGUCUCAGUAUAAACAAUUUGUUCAAUCCAAUCCAGAUUUUGUCAAAUCGCAUUUGAAAGCAGAUGAGAAGGUAUUGGAGAAGAAGAUUAAGACCUUGUCAUUGAUCUCGUUGGCUGAGAAAAACAUGACGCUAAAGCUGGAUCAGUUGAGGCAAGACUUGGAGAUUGACGAUGAAGAAGAGCUGGAAGAGUUUUUGAUCGAUGCUAUCCAAAUCAAGGCUGUUAAUGCGAGUUUAAAUUUGAAAUUUGUGAUUUUUUGAUACAUCGGAUGAUUUUAUAAGUUCUUGAAUGGAAUAUUAGGUAUUAAUGAUUUUUUUAAUUUUUAAACGUAUAACAUAAAAUAUAUAAGGUUUUGGUAUACUUAUAGUGUUUUACAAUAAUAUAUUCAAAUUUUCAGGGCAAAAUCAAUGAAAAAGCGAACGAAUUCGUCGUGACCACCUACCAAAACCGCACCUUUGACCGACCUCAAUGGGAAAUUCUCCAGAAACGUAUCAGUACUCUCCUAAAGAACGUCAAGAAAGCCAAUGAAAACCUGCAUUCUUUGUCUGAGAUUGAAGUCGUGGAAAACUAA